AUGGACAUUCGUUCGAAAAUUAUUAAUUCUAUGAUACUUUCAUUAAAAAGAUGCAAGAAUAAAAAUAAAUACGUAUUGUUACUAAAUGAAUUACUUUCCCUUUUUUCUCAACACGCUGAAAAGAGUUUAAGAUUAUGCUUGAGGUCUAAAAUUAAAAAGUAUACCUUAGUAAAAAAAAAUAGUUUAACGAAAAAUUAUGCAUCAUAUAUAAACACCCUGAGAAUAAGUAGGAAUACAUGUUGGACGGGGAAAGACUCAUGUUUUAGUGAUGACCUUAGUACUAUCAGAACAAAGAAGAAUAAGAAGGAUUUAGAAGAACAUUCAAUAAUGAUUUUGAACAAGAAUAAAAAUAAAAAAACACCCAUACAUUUUUUUCUAGUUUGUGGAAAUAAAAAAAAGUACAUUGUAUUUAAGAAUUUUUGUUCUUGUUUUUAUUUUAAGGAAAAAGUUUUAUGCAAUCAUAGUGAUAUAUUAUGUAAGCAUCUUUUAUCCGUUCUAUUGGCAGAAUGUUUCAAAACUUAUAAGAACAUUUUUUUAGAAUCGAACUUAUUUUUUGAAUGGUACAUUAAAAAAUUGAACUUUUGA